AUGAUGAUGACGUGCCGUCUGCUGUGCGCCCUGUUGGUGCUUGCCCUGUGCUGCUGCCCGUCCGUGCACGCAGGAAACACUCAGGAGGCCACUGAAGACCAAGGUGAUGCAGAAGACCCCAAUUCUUUGCCUGUUUCACCUAAAUCUAAGGCAGCUGCAUCUAAUGGAGACGCCGCCGGUUUAGCGGCCGCUGCACCAGGAGGAAUACCAGGGAACAGUCAGCCAGUGUCGUCAAGUUUGGGGUCCACUGAGCAACAGGAAAAAGGUGCCGUAGAGGGAGGUCCGACCGUUACGGUACCGCAAGGAAAUGCCGAGUCCGUUAAGGUACAGAGAGACGAUAAGGACAGUAAGACAGGGACGACGCGUAGCACAAGUACGCCCACAGAGAAAAUAGUUAAAGAAGCGGAAGAUACCGCAAAGACGACCACGACCACUACCACAACAAAAUCACCAACCACGACAACCACCACUACUGCGCCAGAGGCACCAAGUACUACAACUACAGAGGCGCCAACAACGACGACCACCCGCGCACCGUCACGUCUUCGCAGAAUCGACGGCAGCCUCAGCAGCUCUGCGUGGGUGUGUGCCCCGCUGCUGCUCGCCGCAUCCGCGCUGGCGUACACCGCUCUGGACUGA